CCGGUUCACGUGAUCGCGCCCGGUUAGAAAACGCCCGGCCACAGACGCCGGCCUUCACAGUGCAGUCUUUUUUUUCCAGCUGCUCGUGGCUUUCUCGCUCUCUAGCCUUCUGCACGUCUUUCCCCUCCGCCCGGGGUCCCCCCCGGAGCCCUGUCCGCCAUGCGGCUCCUGCCUCUGGCCCUGGGUGAGCCCCAGCGGGGCAGCCCUCGCCACCUGCCCUACUGCAACUCAGCGCCGCUGCUGCUGCUGCUGCUGCUGGGAGGCUGCCUGGGGGUCUCCGGGGCGGCGGCGGGCUCUCGGAGGCCCAAUGUGGUGCUGCUUCUCGCCGACGACCAGGACGAAGUGCUCGGCGGCAUGACACCACUAAAGAAAACCAAGGCUCUCAUUGGAGGGAUGGGGAUGACUUUCUCCAGUGCUUAUGUGCCAAGCGCUCUUUGCUGUCCAAGCCGAGCCAGUAUCCUGACAGGGAAGUACCCACAUAACCAUCACGUCGUUAACAACACUUUGGAGGGAAACUGCAGUAGUAAGUCUUGGCAGAAGAUCCAAGAACCAGAUACUUUCCCAGCAAUUCUCAGAUCAAUGUGUGGUUAUCAAACGUUUUUUGCAGGGAAAUACUUAAAUGAGUAUGGAGCCCCAGAUGCAGGUGGACUAGCACACGUUCCUCUGGGCUGGAGUUACUGGUAUGCCUUGGAAAAGAAUUCUAAAUACUAUAAUUAUACCCUCUCUAUCAAUGGGAAGGCACGGAAGCAUGGUGAAAACUACAGUGUGGACUACCUGACAGAUGUUUUGGCCAAUGUCUCCUUGGACUUCCUGGACUACAAGUCCAACUCUGAGCCAUUCUUCAUGAUGAUCUCCACUCCGGCACCUCAUUCGCCUUGGACAGCUGCACCUCAGUACCAGAACACCUUCCAGAACGUCUUUGCACCAAGAAACAAGAACUUCAACAUCCACGGAACGAACAAGCACUGGUUAAUUAGGCAAGCCAAGACCCCAAUGACUAAUUCUUCAAUACAGUUUUUAGAUAAUGCAUUUAGGAAAAGGUGGCAGACUCUGCUGUCAGUCGAUGACCUUGUGGAGAAGCUGGUCAAGCGAUUGGAGUUCAGCAGGGAGCUCAAUGACACCUACAUCUUUUACACCUCAGACAAUGGCUAUCACACAGGACAGUUUUCUUUGCCAAUAGACAAAAGACAGCUGUAUGAGUUUGAUAUCAAAGUUCCACUGUUGGUUCGAGGGCCUGGGAUCAAACCAAAUCAGACAAGCAAGCGGCUCGUUGCCAACAUUGACUUGGGUCCUACUAUUUUGGACAUCGCUGGCUACAAUCUGAAUAAGACACAGAUGGAUGGGAUGUCUUUCUUGCCCAUUUUGAAAGGAGCUAGUAAUCUGACUUGGCGAUCGGAUGUCCUGGUGGAAUAUCAAGGAGAAGGCCGUAAUGUCACUGACCCAACGUGUCCUUCCCUGAGUCCCGGAGUGUCCCAAUGUUUCCCAGACUGUGUGUGUGAAGAUGCAUAUAACAACACGUAUGCCUGUGUGAGGACCAUGUCAGAAAUGUGGAAUUUACAGUAUUGCGAGUUUGAUGACCAGGAGGUGUUUGUAGAAGUCUAUAACCUGACUGCAGACCCACACCAAAUCAAUAACAUUGCAAAAAGUAUAGACCCAGAGCUUUUAGGAAAGAUGAACUAUCGGCUAAUGAUGUUACAGUCCUGUUCUGGACCAACGUGCCGCACUCCAGGGAUCUUUGACCCCGGAUAUAGGUUUGACCCUCGUCUCAUGUUCAAUAAUCAUGGCAGUGUCAGGACUCGAAGGUUUUCAAAACAUCUGUAGCACCUCUGCGGUUGGAUCCCUUGCACGCCUCUUUCUGAUGAAGUGAUUGUAGUAGGUGUGUCUGUAGCUAGUCUUCAAGACCAUGCCUGGAAGGGUUUCUGGACUGGCUUUAAGUCCUGUUUGAAAAAGCAACCCAAUCAGCUGACUUCCUUGUGCAGUGUGUUAAACGGUGAACUCUGCCUGUGUGUCAGGAGUGGCUGUCCCUGGUCCCUUUAUUCCACUGAUAUUGAUACUCCUGAGGUCUUUGUUCUCACCAAACCCUUUCUGUCCUGGGGCCACAGUUCUUGAUUAUUCCCCAUGUGGUCAAAGUCUAGAUUUGUAAAUCCAUUCAGAUAAAUGGCAAUGCUUUAAGGGGGGCAAGGUUUUUGGUAUACAGCUUGACCUAAAAUCAGAGGACCUGCAUAGCAUUCGAGACUGAACACGUCACUAUCAAAAAUACUAAUAUCACAUGGCUUGAAGCAUAACCAUCAGAGCUGAACCAUCUGAUUAAUAACCAUCAGAGCUGAACCAUCUGAUUAAGAACAAAUACCAUUGUUUUUAGAUCAGUAGAAAUACACUUUAUAAUAUCCAUCACAAUGGAUCACAAAUUCAAAACGCAUCAGUGAAGCUCUGUUCAUUUUUUGGCAAUUCUGGGCUGGUGCUACACUGAAAUAGAACAGUAGCAAGCUUUUGGUAAAGGCUAAUUCCAGGUAGUUACCGAAGGUGAUGGACAUCUACUUUCCAGUAGCUGCUAAUCACAUGGAGUGCCAGUGAACACCAGGGGUAUCUGGGGAAUGUCUCUUCUGUUGGUACUUUCCUUUCUCGGAUCUGAAAUAUAAAGUGGGUUAAGUAUUUCAGCAGAGAAGAACUUCCAAGGGUUGGUGAAGGUUGUGUUUUCUGAGGGCCUUCUGCAGGUAGGGCUCUCUGGUUAACAGGUUGAAGGGCUAUAAAUCAGGGUGUAGUAAGUGCCUGUCCGGCAGGGAGCCUGGGUUCUAGUCCCAUGUGUGAAGUUGUGAGACUCCCUUUGCAUAUUGCUGACAUUCUGUUCAUUUGUUAUAAGAUGUAAGAAUUCCUUAGAGUUGAUGCAGAGUACCAACUACUUACCUUCUUCCCUUUCAGCAAAACAACUUCUUGAGUUUUUGGAGUCUUGUGUAACUUGGGCCUAAUUCACUAUUCCUCUGUCGAAACCUGAUCCUCUUGAGAUUUCCUCACUGUUUAGAACACCUGCAUUUCUGUCUCUUGGCUCGAAGACCACUCCCAUUUCUUGUGUUUUCUUCACAAGAAGGUUAAUUGGUGAUGUGGCAGCGGGGGAGGAGGAGGAACCGUGGUUUAUAACCUGUUCAACUCAGGCAGUAGUGAUUUUAGCUUUAUGUAAGGUCCUAGGUUGAGCUUUAAGCACUUUGUAAGACAUGGCCAUAAGUAACUCACAAUUCCAGAUAGCCAUGUUGGGUUAACAGCCAUUGGGUUUAUUCCUUUACCUCAUACAAUCCCAGUAACUGUGGUGGUAUUUAGAGGUGAAAUGGGCAAGUGAAAUGAAUACCUCUGCUGUGACCAUUUUAGGAAAAGAAAUUCUAACAGUUUUGUAACUAAAAGCAAACUACAAUGUUGAGUAUGGGUAUUGGCUUUAUUCUACACUUUUGAGUCUUCACAUUCAUCAGUCAGCUUCCACAUUAAUGGAAGUUGACCAUAUGGUUAUUCCUGAAUAAAGAGAAAACAACUCUUACCAGGUCUUCUACUGUGAUGUCAUAUUAUUCAGUUUUAUGAUGCUCGUUCCUGAAAGCAGAUGACGUAGUAAGAGUGACACAAAUCAGCCGGUGAUAGUAUUCCUGUCCCACUGCUCUUACAUUCAUCAGACUUUUGUCUGGGGGGCAGGCAGGGCAGGGAAUGCAGUGAAGCCCUUUUAUUUUUGUACCCCUGAUUUUUGAAUGGCCUCUAAUUUGACUUUUUCUCGUGGACUGGUUGCAUUCUGGAUCUACACUAAAAUCAUCUCUCAUAAAGAGACCUCAGUUUCUAGGCCAGCAGACCACAAAAUGCACUGGAAUUUUUCAGAAUGAUAUGUACAAGGGCCCCACUGCAAGAGGCUUGCCUUGUUUCUCUCUUAAUUGUACUGAUUUGAAUUUUGAUUAUUUUCCCUUUUAAGAAGACCAGGUCCAUAUGUAUUGGUAAUAGAAAACUGUAACCAUUAGGAACGAACAGAGGUCUUGGGGAAGAAUAGAGAUUUUGCCUUAUAAGAUUUCCUAUUACAAAGCUCUCCCGCAAGUAAAAUUACAUUCCCUACGACUACAAAGUAGGGCAUGCCUUUUCAGUAUCUUUGAAUUUGACCAAUGGUGCUGUUGCAAAAUACAUUUUAAUUGACAACAGUAGGGUUUUUGUACAACAUAGUAAUGAUAGCCAUGGAAGGUUAUAUUUUUGUGUCUAAGGACUAGCGUUUUAAUGAAAGAAGAUAAAAUUGUCCCAGGAUCCUUACUAAGAGAAAGCAAAGGGUAUUUGAACUGAUCCACCAGUGGAACUAGGUGGGAAUAUUUGGGUCUUUUGUUUCACCACCGCUUAGGUCCAACUGAAUUUGUGAAUUCCUGUGUUUGCAUUAUCUGUUCUUAGAGGUUAUUCUGCCCUGGCUCUGUGUCGUCUCAGUCAUGUGACUAAGGAAGUGCCCUUCGAAGGACCCUGUUCACUGCUGCACUUUUCAAUGAAUUAAAAUUUAUUUCUGUUCUA